UGUAUGCAGCCUUGUAGUAGAGAAAUGCAGGAAAUGAACUCCUUGUUGAACUCCUCAGCCUCCUCUUCCCAACUCUCCCUCCAAGACCACCACCACCUCCAACAACAACCACACUCUCACUCCCAGAUGCAUCAUCAAAUUCCAACCCCCUCCGCAUCCCACUUCGACUCCGCCACCCACGAUGACUUCCUCGAGCAAAUGCUCUCCACCCUCGGCCCCUCCUGGGCCUCUGCCGCCGACGAUGCCCCGCCUCCGCUCUCCUCCAACCCCGACAAUGUCGUCUUCUCCUACGACGACUCCGCCACCCUCGCCGCCAAGUUUCGCAGCCAGCAGAUCAGCGCCGGUUCCGGCGCUAACAAGUCCGCCUCCGCAUCAGCCGCAGCUGCUGCCGCCAUGAUGCUCCAGCACCAGCUCAUGAUGUCCAGAUCAGGCGCCGCCGACUCCGGCUUUGGUCCCACGGGAUUGUCUUUGGGAACCAACGGCGACUUUGACCGCUCCAACAACGACGUCGGCGACGGCUCCUCCUUCAAAUCCCCCAAUCAAGUGGGCGGCGAUGGGGCUUCUCCUGUUCAAUCCCUGUUCAAUGGCUUCGGUGCAUCACUGCAUGGAGCUGCUAAUUCUCAGUCUCCAAAUUUUCACUACCCUCAGGAAGGUCAGCUGCAAACGCAGAACUACGGAGGUGCAGGGGCGGCGGUGAAUCAAGCUCCGGUGGGUGGCUCGGCUGGGGCAGCGCCGGCCCAACCCAGGCCCAAAGUCAGGGCGAGAAGAGGUCAAGCCACUGACCCACACAGCAUAGCCGAAAGAUUACGGAGAGAGAGAAUUGCAGAGAGAAUGAAGGCUCUGCAGGAGCUCGUUCCCAAUGCCAACAAGACAGACAAAGCUUCAAUGCUGGAUGAGAUAAUCGAUUAUGUAAAAUUCCUCCAGCUCCAAGUCAAGGUUCUGAGCAUGAGCAGGUUGGGCGGUGCAGGUGCUGUUGCUCCCCUUGUUGCUGAUAUGUCCUCCGAGGGUGGCGGUGAUUGUAUCCAAGCCAGUGCCAACGGCGGGACCCGCGGACGGAGCUCAAACGGCAACCAAACGGCCUCCUCAUCUAACGACAACAGCAUGACGGUGACGGAACACCAAGUCGCCAAGCUCAUGAAGGAAGACAUGGGCUCCGCCAUGCAGUACCUCCAGGGAAAAGGCCUCUGCCUCAUGCCGAUUUCGUUGGCCACCGCCAUCUCCAGCGCCACAUGUCACUCCAGGAACCCCCUCCUCCACAACAACAGCAACAACCACCAAGUUGUCCCGUCCAACGGUGGCGACGGGCCCUCCUCUCCCAGCAUGUCCGUGCUGACCGUCCAGUCAGCCACCAUGGGUAACGGUGGGGUUGACGGUUCCGUCAAGGACGCCACCACCGUCUCCAAGCCCUAACUGACGACGCCGUCGUCGAUCGUCGACUGACCUUUACACACAUAGUGACGUAGACUCCAAGGCCUUCCAAAGUCUACGAAAAUAAGGCAUCAAGGAUGGUGCUUUUCCAACGACGCCGUAUUUGCGUAGACUUUGGCUAAAAGCUAUCUCAACCACACCACCAGAUCCCCUAUAAAACCCCUUUUUAACAAAAAGAUGUUUUUGGGGUCUCUUUGUUUUUUACCCUUGAUUUAAUCUUUUCUUUUGUUGUUUUAUCUGAAGAAAAUUAUUAUUUUCUAGUGUAAUUUGGUUCGCAAUGAAUUGAGAUGCUCUUA